UUCCGCUCUACCACCAUGUCCGCCUCCAUGUUCAGACUAGCUUCGAAGAGGGUUGCGCCUGUGGUUCGCCGCUCUGCGACCACAUCUGCCCCCACGCUCGCUCGUUCGAUUUCCUCCCGUCCCCUCUUCGCAGCCCGGACGCUGCCCAGGCCCACCCUCCUCCGCCGGACACCCACUCUCGCGCGCUCCAUAACUGACCAGGCACGGGCUGAGCUCGACAAGAUGGUCAAGGGCGCGCCCCUCGUCCUAUUCAUGAAGGGCACACCACAGGUCCCUCAGUGCGGUUUCUCGCGCGCCGUUGUGCAGGUGCUCGAUCUCCACGACGUUCCCCCCGAGAAGGUGCACACGUACAACAUCUUGGAGGAUGAGGAGUUGAGGAAUGAUAUCAAAGAGUACUCGGAGUGGCCGACGAUCCCUCAGGUGUAUGUCAAUGGCGAGUUCGUCGGGGGCUGUGAUAUCAUCAUCUCCAUGCACCAGAGCGGUCAACUGGCCGAGUUGCUUGCUCAGCACGGUCUGACGAAUGCUCCGAAGGAGGCUGAGGUGGUAGAGCCGGAGAAGCAGUCAUCGUAGAUUUGCAGGAUUGUAUCCCGCUUUCCCUUACUGUACACUAAUUCUAUUCCCCUCUCGCUGUUUUUGCCUGCCCCUUCA